AUGGCAAAGAUAACUCAAAGUCGUGUUUUAGCCCCCUGUAAUACUCUAAUCGACCCGGAAGCGAAAGUCGAUCAUGGCUUGAUAGGAGCCUCCAAGACUUUUAUGACCCCUCUGGAUACCUCAAAAGCAACCUCUGCGAAUCUACCUCUUUCCAUCGAUGUAUUGACGGAAUCUGACCGCAUGGAGACAUCGAAAACUGAGACAUCCAGGAUACUACAGGAAGAGCUAGACAGAGAAAAGAGGUUGUUUUUGAGACAAAAUAGCCGUGACUUUGGAGAAUUGGACACUGAAAAGAUUUGGUACAACCCAUGCGUGGCCUCGCUUUAUCACCAUGCAUUGAGAUUUGAACCACAUACUGUGCUCACAUCCACCGGCGCUCUCGCAUGUUUGUCUGGAGAAAAGACUGGCAGGUCCCCCCUCGACAAGAGAACCGUUUUGGAUGCCGAUUCCAGAGACAAGGUUUGGUGGGAAUCGGUGAACAUUCCAAUUGAGGACAAAUCAUUUGAAAUUAACAAGAGAAUUGCCUUGGACUACAUCAAUCAACAGGAUAGGGUAUAUGUCAUUGAUGCAUUUGCUGGAUGGAGUGAGGAACACCGGGUAAAGGUUAGGAUUGUGAGUACCAGAGCAUAUCAUGCACUUUUUAUGCAUAAUUUGCUCAUUGUACCAGAAGCAAAGGAUUUGGUGAAUUUUGUGCCAGACUUUACAAUUUACAAUGCUGGACCCUGUGAAGCCAAUAAAACAACACCAGGUUAG